AUGUACUACUUGGAUGAGGAAGAAGAGACCAUUACACAAGAGGACUGCUGGGCUGUCAUUUCUUCCUUUUUUGAGGAUAAGGGAUUGGUCCGACAGCAAUUGGAUUCAUUUGAUGAAUUUAUCCAGAAUACUAUGCAGGAACUAGUUGAUGAGAAUUCAAAUCUGAUCCUGCAAACUACUAGCCAGCACUCAGGUGCUGAAGGCGAUGUUACUAAACGAUAUGAGAUCAAUUUCGGUCAGAUUUACUUGUCUCGCCCAAGUAUGACCGAGUCGGAUGGUUCAACGCAACCCAUGUAUCCCCAUGAAGCCCGACUUCGUAGUUUGACCUAUGCCGCUCCAUUGUAUGUUGAUAUGCGCAAAACAGUAAAGGUCGCCAAUCCCCAUCAUGAAAAGAACAAGGGCAAGACAAAUCCUCAUGACAUGUUCAUGGAAGAGGAAGAUAAUGGUGAUGGAGGCGAUAUGAACAAAAUUUUCAUUGGAAUGGUCCCUAUUAUGCUCAAGUCGACCUAUUGCAUGCUGACUGGGUUGGAUGACAACGAGUUACAAAAGAUGAACGAAUGUCAAUAUGAUCAGGGUGGUUACUUUGUCAUCAACGGCUCAGAAAAGGUUUUGAUUGCUCAGGAACGCAUGGCCACAAACACUGUCUAUGUUUUCAGCAAACCUCUCGGGAACAAAUACUCAUAUACAGCAGAGAUUAGGAGUUCUGUGGAACGUGGAUCCAAGAAUGCGUCACCAUGUUUUGUGAAGCUUCUGGCACGUUCCGCUGAACGUGCAGGAACAGGGCAGACAAUUGAGGCCACUCUCCCUUAUAUUAGGGAUGGUAUUCCUGUCGUUGUUGUCUUCCGAGCUCUCGGACUUGUUGCAGAUCGUGAUGUUUUAGAACACAUCUGUUACGACCGCAACGAUUACCAGAUGUUAGAGAUGUUGAAACCCUGUAUUGAGCAGGCCUUCGUCAUUCAGGAUAAAGAAGUUGCUCUCGAUUAUAUUGGUAAACGUGGAACCACUGUGGGUGCCACUAAAGAUAAACGUACGAAGUAUGCUUCUGAGAUUCUACAGAAGGAAUUCUUACCUCAUGUCGGCACACAGUCGCACAAUCAGACCAGAAAAGCUUAUUUCUUUGGAUACAUGAUUCAUCGUUUGCUGUUGGCGGCUCUCAGCCGCCGUGACGUUGAUGAUCGUGAUCACUAUGGAAAGAAACGUAUGGAUCUUGCAGGACCCUUGUUGGGAGGACUGUUCAAGAUCCUGUUUUUGAAGCUUACUAAGGACGUUAGCAAAUACUUGCGGAAGUGUAUUGAUAGUAACAAGGACUUUGUUUUAUCAGUGGCCGUCAAGUCGAACACAAUCACGAACGGACUUAAAUACUCGCUCGCAACAGGAAACUGGGGUGAGCAGAUGAAGGCCAUGCAGUCAAGAGCUGGUGUGUCACAAGUCUUGAAUAGAUACACAUUUGCCUCAACACUCUCCCACUUGCGUCGUUGCAAUACUCCUAUUGGACGCGAUGGAAAAAUUGCAAAGCCUCGUCAGUUGCACAAUACACAUUGGGGUAUGGUCUGCCCAGCUGAAACACCUGAGGGACAGGCUUGUGGUUUGGUUAAAAAUUUGGCCUUGAUGACUACGAUCUCUGUUGGUUCACCCUCUGCACCCAUCAUUGAGUUCUUGGAAGAGUGGGGUAUGGAAAAUUUGGAGGAGUUGACAGCUAAUAACAUCUUGGAUGCAACCAAGGUCUUUGUCAACGGAGUCUGGGCAGGUGUUCAUCGUGAUCCAAGCAGUCUUGUCAGCACGUUGAAGCGACUGCGUAGAAACUUGGAUAUCAAUCCUGAGGUGUCAAUUGUCAAGGAUAUUCGUGAGAAGGAGUUGAGGAUGUACACAGAUGCGGGACGAUGCUUAAGGCCACUCUUUAUUGUUGAGGACCAGAAGCUUUUGCUGAGGAAGGAGCAUGUUGAUGAGCUCUCCCAGCCCAUGUAUAUUAACGAGGAGGGCAAGACAGUGGAACCAUGGGGAUGGAACGAUUUGUUGGCUAAUGGCCUUGUAGAAUAUGUGGAUGCUGAAGAAGAAGAGACGAUUUUGAUCUGCAUGACACCCGAAGAUCUGGCAGAGUCACGACAGAUCCACCGUGUGCAACAACCCCGAGAUGCUUCAGGAAGACUCAAAGGAGCUUCUUCAGUCUCACUACAUACAUGGACUCACUGUGAGAUUCAUCCUAGUAUGAUUUUGGGAAUUUGUGCCAGUAUUAUUCCCUUCCCUGAUCAUAAUCAGUCUCCUCGUAAUACUUACCAAUCUGCUAUGGGUAAACAAGCUAUGGGUAUCUAUGUGACAAAUUACCAAGUACGUAUGGAUACGUUAGCCAACAUUUUGUACUAUCCUCAAAAGCCAUUGGCGACGACGCGUUCAAUGGAGUAUCUACGAUUCCGUGAAUUGCCUGCAGGUCAAAAUGCAAUAGUGGCGAUUUUAUGCUAUUCAGGAUACAAUCAAGAAGAUUCGGUCAUUAUGAACCAGUCGUCCAUUGAUCGUGGAUUGUUCCGCAGUUUGUACUUCCGCACAUAUAUGGAUCAAGAGAAGAAGAUUGGUAUGACUGUGAUGGAGGAGUUUGAGAAGCCCACACGCGAGCAUGUAUUACGUUUGCGACAUGGAACGUACGAAAAGCUGGAUGACGAUGGAUUGAUUGCGCCUGGAACCAGAGUCUCUGGUGAUGACAUUAUCAUUGGAAAGACAAAGCCUAUUCCAGAGGAAUCGACUGAAUUAGGUCAGCGCACGGGAUCCCACUCCAAAUUGGAUGCAUCGACACCACUGAAAAGCACGGAGACGGGUAUUGUGGAUCAGGUGAUGUUGACGACCAAUCAUGAAGGUGUUAAAUUUGUCAAGGUCCGUGUUCGCUCGACUCGUGUGCCUCAGAUGGGUGACAAAUUUGCAUCCCGUCACGGUCAAAAAGGUACCAUUGGUAUCACUUAUCGUCAGGAGGACAUGCCUUUUACAGCAGAGGGUAUUACACCUGAUAUCAUCAUCAACCCACAUGCCAUUCCUUCACGUAUGACGAUUGGACAUUUGGUUGAAUGUCUGUUGUCGAAGGUCUCGACGUUAGAGGGAAGUGAGGGAGAUGCAACACCAUUUACGGAUGUGACUGUAGAAGCAAUUUCGGAAGCACUUCGGAAACAUAAUUACCAGCAGCGUGGAUUUGAGGUGAUGUAUAAUGGACACACAGGACGUAAGCUGACAGCACAAGUCUUUUUGGGACCCACAUAUUACCAGCGUUUGAAACACAUGGUGGAUGACAAGAUUCACUCUCGUGCACGUGGGCCUGUCCAGAUCUUGACACGUCAACCAGUCGAAGGAAGGAGUCGUGAUGGAGGUCUUCGUUUCGGAGAGAUGGAGCGUGAUUGUAUGAUCUCCCACGGAGUUGCCCAGUUUUUGAAGGAGCGUCUGUUUGAUGCGUCGGACGCAUACAGAGUGCAUGUGUGCGAUUUAUGUGGUCUAAUGGCGAUUGCAUCGCUAUCGAAGAACAGUUUUGAAUGCCGGUCCUGCAAGAACACGACCCAGAUUUCACAGAUCCAUAUCCCCUAUGCAAUGAAACUCUUGGUUCAAGAACUUAUGGCCAUGUCCAUUGCACCCCGAAUGUUUACUGUUGAUUCUGGAACAAGGCAUUAA